AUGACAUUGUCUGAAAGACUUGAUCUACCCCUUGCGCUUCUCUCGGUCCCCGUUGUAGCGAUCUUUGCUAUCAUAACGGGCCCGUUUCGAGCUAGGAAGCAAAAAUUGAAUCCCAAGCAGACGAUUGCGAGAUCUUUGUUGUUGCAUGUUGGGUAUUCGAUUUUUAGGAGGGUUGUGUCGCGAUUUUCGCCUUUGCAGAUUCAAGCUAUUUUGCCGUCGACAACGACACAAUAUAAAAUCUAUACCUUGAAGAAAUGGAUCAAAGAGCAGACCGUUGACCUGGGUGAUGGCGCUACGGGGCAUUGGGUGGGAAAUCCUAAUGCGAAGAAUGUCCUUAUUUGGAUACACGGUGGCGGAUUCGCCAUCCCCGCAAACAGAGGCUACUUCGCUUUCUUCGACAAAUUCCUCGCAGAAAUGCGCUCAGCCAACAAGGACAUCUCCGUCUUCCUUGUAGCAUACACUCUCGUCCCCAAAGCAGUCUACCCCAUGCAACUACGCCAAUGCACAACUGCACUACGCUACAUUCUCGACAAGACAAAUCGAAAAGCCGGCAAUGUCUAUAUUGGCGGCGACUCAGCGGGUGGAAACCUUGUUCUUGCCGUAUUGAGCCAUGUUGCCCACCCACAUCCUGAGGUUGAGCCUCUCAAAUUAACUGACGGGGAGGAAUUUGGCGGUGCAACGCUUUUAUCACCCUGGACCUCGUUAGAGACAACUUUCCCGCCGCAGGAUACUGAGCCAUUGGGUGACUUGAUUCAUCCGGAUUGCGCGAAGCCCUGGGCUGGGAGUUAUCUGGCUGGUCGGGCGAGGGAUAAUUAUACUGAUGCACGGUUGGCACCGACUGAGUGGUGGCAUAAGCUUCCUAUUAAGCAUGUGCUUGUCACGGCUGGUGGGUAUGAGUUGUUGUUACCGUUCAUUGAGGAUUUCGCGAGUAGGUUGAAAGAGGGUCUCGAUGGGUCCGAUAGUGAGGGUGGUAAAGUUGAGUUCUUUGUGGGUGAGAAGGAGGCGCAUGUUGCGCCUAUGUUUAAUUUGAUGUUGGGUGAUACGGUGGAGACGGAGCAGGGGAAGAAAAUGAAGGCUUUUUACAGGGAGGUGGUAGAUAGUAAUUAG